UGUACACAUGCUAAGGGGUUAAAUUAGCUAGGGUGGAGACUGAGGUUCCAUACCAGUGCCUUUGAUAAAGUAUCAUGGGACAGAGAGAGAGAGAGGGAGUUAUCUCACACAAUUUUAGCCAACUAGGGGAAUUACUGCCAAUUUAGGGGAAGGUCCUGGCUGGAUGCCCAGCCAAAGCAUACAGGAGACUUCAGCUGGGGAAGCACACACCCUGCUCUCUCAACUUGCAGUUCCUGGGUCAGGAACUAACUUCAGGAAACAAGAGGAAGACAGAAGAAAGGAGAGAAGUGCAGCUGUCCAAAAGGAGAGGAGAGCUGGUGAUGGAUCUUAAAUCAGGGCCAGGAGAUUUUGACCCCACGCAACCCAAGCGAGCAACCCUGGAGGAGAUUGAAGGGGUCCUUUUCCCCAAUACAUUACGCGAGCACUGGGGUACCAUACAGGGCUUUAAAGCCCGCCCUGACGAUCUUCUCAUCUGCACUUACCCCAAAGCAGGGACCACCUGGAUCCAGCAAAUAGUGAGCAUGGUUCAACAUAGAGGUGACCUGGAGAAAUGUAAUCAGAAACCCAUCUAUGAGCGGAUGCCCUUCAUAGACAUGCCUCCUAUGAAACCUUUUGUUUCUGGUGUUGAACAGGCAGACCUAAUGCCCUCUCCACGUAUACUCAAAAGUCACCUCCCGGUUCAGCUCCUUCCUGCUUCUUUUUGGGAACAGAAAUGCAAGGUCAUUUAUGUGGCCAGAAAUGCCAAGGACAAUGUGGUCUCCUAUUUCUAUUUCCACCACAUGAGCAAGAUAAUGCCAGAGACUGGAACCUGGAAUGAGUUUCUGGAGAAUUUCGUUGCUGGGAAGGUUGCCUGGGGCUCUUGGUCUGACCAUGUUCGUGGUUGGUGGGAGGCCAAGGACCGUCACCCAGUCCUCUACCUCUUUUAUGAAGAUAUGAAAGAGGACCCAGCCCGGGAAAUCCGAAAAGUGAUCCAAUUUAUGGGCCUAGAACUGCCAGAAUCAGUUCUGAACCAGAUUGUGGAGCACACAAAGUUUGAGAGCAUGAAAGCAAACCCGAUGGCUAAUUACAGCACCCUGCCCUCCUCUCUCGUGGACCAUACUGUCUCACCCUUCAUGAGAAAAGGCACUGUUGGAAACUGGAAGAAACACUUCACAGUGGCUCAGAGUGAAUGGCUAGAUGACACCUGCGCUCAGUUACUGAAGGGCAGCGGCCUGAACUUUCGCACAGAGAUAUAAACGCACCUCUAUGCCCCACAUCAGGAUUUUCACAACAACAGGCCUGGAGUGCUGACUUGACCUGCAUUCAGUACAAUACAGGACUGAAGCCACAAGCAAGGCCUACCUAAAAUGAAUUUUGUGGGAAUGGUUCCUGUUAUGUACUGAAGUUCUCACCCUGGGCCAGCAGGAGGAUACUGUAGAUAGUUAUGCAAAUAAGGGAUCGAAAGUGACGUUCAGUAAUUGG